CAUCGAGCAGGAAAAGAAUUUAAAGAGAGUAAAAAACAAUUUUCUUUAAUUAAGUAUGAACCAGCAAGGCAUAUUGUACGGAGGAGAUGAAAUUGGUGCAUUAGUCUUCGAUCCGGGCCAUCAGUCGCUGAGAUUGGGAUUCGCACAGGAAGAUUCACCAAAAUCAGAAAUACCAUCAGUUGUAGCUGUUUCACCAGGCUCUGCUAAUGGAAUCACAGAACCUGAAGCAAAAUCUGAUAAUAACAUAACAUCCAAUAAAUAUUAUAUUGAUACCACCUUUUUGAAUGUUCCGAGAUCAAACUGUGAGAUCAAAACAUAUAUGAAAGAUGGAAUGAUAGAUGAUUGGGAACUUUUUGAAAAGGUAUUGGAUUAUGCAUACAAGAAGGUGAUUAUGUCCGAGUCAGAGCUACAUCCAGUAUUAUUUUCGGAAGCAUCAUGGAAUACCAGACAGAAUCGCGAAAAAUUGACAGAAUUAAUGUUUGAAAAGUAUAAUGUCCCAGCAUUUUUCUUGGUGAAAAAUGCCGUUCUUGCUGCUUUUGCAAAUGGUCGUGCAACUGCAUUAGUCGUUGACAGUGGAGCUAAACAUACAUCCGUUGUUCCAGUUCAUGAAGGAUAUGUCUUAACACAAGCUGUAGUUAAAUCUCCUUUAGGCGGUGAUUAUUUGUCCAUGCAAUGUCGUCAACAUCUUGAAACACAAGGAAUUGAUUUAACAAUGGGAUAUGCCAUAUCUGGAAAGGAUGUUGUAAAGGAACGUGAUCCACCAAGAUAUACGAAAAGAACACUUCCUGAGAAUUUAACGACUUCAUGGCAAAACUACAUGCUUAGGCAGCAAUUACAAGAUUAUCAAGCAGCUGUUGCUCAAGUAUUGGAAUCGCCGUUUGAUGAACGAGUUGCAGCACAAAUUCCAGCUGUUCAUUACGAAUUUCCAACUGGCUAUCAUCAAGAUUUCGUUUCAGAACGUUUUAAGCUUGCUGAAAGUCUUUUCGAUCAUACAAUGUUAGGAGCUGGUCAAUUAGCAUCAACUUGUGUCUCAAACUGCGAUGCUGACAUACGACUAGCUCUUUACGGAUCUGUUGUUGUGACUGGUGGAAAUAGUCUUCUUCCUGGUUUCGCUGAACGCCUAAAUCGUGACUUGUCACAUCGUGCACCAUCAAAUACUAGAAUUAAAAUGAUUGUGGCGAACGGAACCGUUGAGAGACGCUUUGGAGCAUGGAUUGGAGGGUCAAUUUUGGCUAGCAUAGGAACAUUCCAGCAAAUGUGGAUUUCCCAGCAAGAGUAUGAGGAAGGAGGAAAAACUCAGGUCGAACGAAAAUGUCCAUAAACAAAAGAAAAAGUCUUAAUUUCAUUAAUAAUAAUU